AUGCGGCUUGCUAUUUAUUACAACGAUGUAGUCCAUGGGUCAAAAGAACAGAUUUCCUUAGGAUUGUGGCUUCUACCAGUAUUCUGUUGCCUUGAAGAUCACACUGGUGGAAAGGGGGCUAGACGCCACGUUUGUGGCAUCUGGCUUGGUAAAGAUGAAGUUAUUAAAGAGAUUACAGGUUGUGCCUACAGUAGUAGGUUGAGUCCUCCUGGUUCUGUGGUAUCAGGAAAGUUGGAAAACUUGCAACCUGAAAUUAAAAAACUAGCUGAGCGUCUUCGCUAUGAAGUUUCUGUUCGUGGAAAACAACUGGGUUGGUCUGAAAAGGUUGCCAGGUUCCAUUUUAAGAAGAAUCUGCGGAGGAUUAUUACAGAGCUGUACAUUCGAGACAACUGCCACCCCUUCAAAGCUACUUUAUUGAUGUGGGUACAGAUUCCAAUGUGGGUCUGUGUGUCCCUUGCUUUGCGCAACUGCAGUGUUGGUGCCAUGGACUCAGAAGUUAAAGAACAGUUUUCAACAGGUGGAACCUUGUGGUUUACAGACCUCACAGCACCAGAUUCUACAUGGAUUUUGCCAGUUUCACUUGGGCUCGUGAAUUUGCUGAUCGUGGAGGUCUUUGCUCUGCAAAAACUGAAAGCUACCAGGUUUCAGAAACUAGCUACUAAUUUCAUUCGAGUGGUGUCAGUAGUGAUGAUCCCUGUUGCUGCAACUGUCCCCUCGUCCAUGGCGUUGUACUGGUUGUCGUCAAGUUUCAUGGGACUCUCGCAUAACCUGCUGCUCCGUUCUCCGACCUUUCGUCGACUGUGCCGCAUACCGAGGACCACGUCUGACUCGGCCACUCCUUACAGGGAUAUUGUCUCUGCCUUGACUACCAAAUACAGUUUUAAGAAAUGAUGUGUUUUGAAUGAUUGGAAGAAUUGUCCCGUAAAGAUAGCCUAGAUGAUGAAGAAGUGAUGUUUUAUUGAAAUGUACUUAUUUACUGUAAAAUGCUGCGACUGGAAUUAUAUUCAUUUUCUGAAUAAAGUAUUGACCAUCUGUUUGACCCUUAA